CUUUAAAGCUUUUAAGUUUUGUCACUCUGUCUUUCUCCUAUACUAUAAAUAAAAACUAAGAUCUCUUCUCUUUUCUUCAUUUUUCCUUGUUUUAAGUUGGGUAGGGGCUGCUCACCUUCUUUUUGUCACCAUUCUCUAUCUCACUCUUAAAAAAUUAAGGAAGAAAGAAAAUUGAUCACACCCACCAAAGUUGGAUUUCUACUAGUACUACUACUACUACCUCUACCUCUACUUCUUCAUAGUCAUACCCAACAUUUGAAGAACCUAUCUUUGGUUUCCAGCUCUCUCUCUCUCUCUAUUGGGUGUAGUCCAGAUCAUGAGGACAAUCAUGGCAGCUAAGACCCCUCAUGACUCUUCAUUCUCAUUCUCCAGGAGGUACUUGAACUUCAACUGGAAAAAGAAGUUCGAGGACGAAGAAGACGACGACGAAGAGAUCUUGAACAAUGCUUACAUCAACUCCUCUUCGACUCAAUACUUCUUCGACGAUGACAAGGAAGAAGGUCACCAUGUUAGUACAAUUCCUCAAGCCCACAACCUUAAAAUGCCGCCACCGCCGGCGAGAAAGAAGCUUUCGAGAGUUUCGAAACUACGGUCGGCAGCUCUGACGGUUUUUGGGGCCAAGGCGAGAGUGCCUGACCACCAUCUCGGAACCCGGGUCGUCGGGACCUUGUUCGGGAACCGGAGGGGACACGUUCAUUUCGCGUUUCAAGAGGACGCCAAGCUCAGCCCGGCUUUCCUGAUCGAGCUGGCCAUGCCCACCAGCGUUCUGGUUCGGGAAAUGGCUUCCGGUUUGGUCCGGAUCGCUUUGGAGUGCGAGAGGACCAAAACGACGUCGUUUGAUGAGAGUAAUAACAUUAGUAAGAGCAAGAAAAAGGCUUCGAAGCUGCUUGAAGAGCCACUUUGGAGGACAUACUGCAACGGAAGGAAAUGUGGGUUCGCGGCCCGAAGAGAUUGUGGGGCCGAGGAGUGGAAGGUCUUGAAAGCGGUGGAGCCCAUUUCAAUGGGAGCCGGAGUUUUGCCGGAAUGCUGCGGCGGCGGAGAUGGUGGAGCCGGCGGUGGUGGCGGUGGGUCUGACGUUGGAGAGCUCAUGUAUAUGAGAGCCAGGUUUGAACGAGUUGUGGGGUCCAAGGACUCGGAAGCGUUUUACAUGAUGAACCCGGAUGGUUCGGGUGGACCCGAGCUUAGUAUUUACUUGCUUAGAGUCUAAUCAAAAGCACCAAGAAAAGACCAAAUUUUAUCCUAUAUCGGUUAUGGGGAGUGAAAAUAAUUCACUUACUCACUCACGUGGUUAUUUCACCUUCCAUAUUGUAAUCCUUAUGCUUGGGUUUUUUCUUUUUUGGUUUAUUUUAUAUAAGUAAUUAUUUUAUCUUAAGAUGUGUUGUGUCAUGUCAUGCAUAUUAUUAAGUUGUGUGAGAGUGAGAAAACUAAUGGCAUGGUACGCAAGCUUGGUUGGCCGUGGGGUUGUAUUUAUGUAUAGAAUUAAUUUUAUA